AGCUAUCGCACGCGGUGCGCGCCGCCGCGAACCGACGGGAGAACCCGUCCUCCCGCAUCUGGCAGGACUUCAAAAAGCGGACAAUCUACCUGCUGGAGUCGAUAAACACCCCGAAAACGAUCGUGUUCAUUGUGUCUGGGUUUGUGAUAUCCUGUGCAAAAGUAUCGUACUCGUAGUAAUUGCAGUCAUGCAUUACAAAUUUUUCCCAUAAGGUAAAUCCGCAUGACAAAUUUGAUUUGGAUUUCUCAUACUGAGGAAAUUUGUAAUGCAUUUAUACGAGUGGGAGUGCGAUACUUUUGCAAUGCAUAUGUGAAAGCGGGGUGCGAGGACGAGAAGGAGUUUUAUCGCAAAUGCUGUAUUAGAUUGCUGGAGAUUUUAGAUUAUGCAGGUAAAUGUUCUAUGACCGUCUCCACGACUGGAGCUGGAAUGGGUUCUGCGUCACCUCAGACGCAUUUCUCUCGUG